UUUCUUUUUACCCAUCAGUUUUUUUAAUCCAUGUCUCCUCGGGGACUCCGGAGCAUUUACUUAAAUCUCUCAUCCCCAGAACAAUUAUAAAACAAACAGUCAGUAUUUGUUUAUUGAUGCAGUAAUGACCUCCUACAACUACGGGCGCUGUUGACACUUCUGAUGCACUUUUACCGCCACCACAAGCAAACGGAAGUCCGGUUUUGAGGGCGAUUCGACAACGUGGGAAUUUCGUUUUUGUUGCUUUGUACAGAGAUUUCAUAAACGUUUCGUCGUACGGUGAAAGGAUGGCGUACAGAGGACAAGGGCAGAAAGUCCAGAAGGUUAUGGUGCAGCCCAUUAACCUAAUCUUCCGGUAUCUACAAAAUCGCUCAAGGAUCCAGGUGUGGCUGUAUGAGCAGGUCAACAUCCGAAUAGAGGGCUGCAUUAUUGGAUUUGAUGAGUACAUGAACUUGGUUCUUGAUGAUUCAGAAGAGGUCCACAUGAAGACAAGGCACAGAAAGCCACUGGGGCGGAUCAUGUUGAAAGGAGACAACAUCACCUUGCUGCAGAGCGUGUCCAACUGAUCUGACGGGGACGUCAACAAAUCUUAACCAUUCAUAGACCAUGCAUAGAAUUGUUUUUUUCUCUCUACUUUAGUCUCUACCUUUUGUUUAUUCAACACAAUUAUUGAAAUUGUCAAUUCCUGCAGCAUGUUUUCAUUUUGAAAAUAAAUGUUUUCUUUGUUACA